AUGGAUAAAUACGAGCUCUAAACUCUUCUUAGCUCCUCAGAAACGGCAGACGUUCAUUUAUGUAGCACACCCAAAAAUACAGCAAUUAAGAUAUUUAAGAAAGAAGUUGCUUUUAAAAUGGAGCUCAAAUCUCUUACAUUUUUAGAAAAAAUACCAAAUGUAAUCAAAAUGAAAGGUUUCAUAGAUGAGUUACCAACUUAGGCAAUCUUCUUAGAGUAUGCCUCUAAUGGAACUCUCUUUAAAUUCGUAGCUAAUAACAACGGAUUAACCGAAGAAGGAGCUCACUAUUUCUUCAAGCAAAUAAUUAAAGUUGUUGAGAUUUUACACUCAUCUUAAAUAGUUCAUAGAGACAUUAAAUUAGAAAAUAUAUUGCUAGAUGAAAAUUAUAAUGCCUACUUGUGUGAUUUUGGAAAUGCCAUUUUCUUAAAGUAAAUUCAUGAUUUAGAAUUUAUUCCAAGUGCCGGUACAUAAUGCUGCAGAGCACCUGAAUUGAUUAGAUAGAAAUCUGAUAAUUUGUUGGUUCCAAGAAAACCUGAUGCUAUCGAUUUGAAGAAAGCUGAUGUAUUUAGUUUAGGAGUAUUACUUUUUACUAUGGUUUUUUGUAAGCAGCCCUUUUCAAAAGCAGAUUCUAGUGAUUUUUUCUUUUAAACUCUUACAAAGAGCAAGUCUAAGUUUUGGAAUUUGUUUGCGAUUGAACCAUCUCCACUCCUUAAAGAUCUUAUAAAUCAACUAAUUGCUCCAAAUCCAUCUGAUAGGCUUACUAUCUAAGAAAUUUUAAGUCAUCAAUGGAUUGUUUAGACAGAAUCUAGUGUUUAAAAUUUAAAAAAAGCUAGUGAAAAAGAAUGA